AUGGUCGGUAGUAUUGAGCUCUCCUCUUCUUUCGUGUCGCUGUUUAUCGGAGGAUACAUAAAUCCGUUGGGUUGGAGGUUCCUGAUGACAUCCGGGGCUUUCUUGGCCGGCGGAUGUACAGUGAUUUUUGGUUUACUGGAGUAUGUAAAAGAGUGGUCACCAUUUAUUGCACUCAGUAUUGUUAUCAAACUUGCGAUGGGAUUUGGAGAAGCUGCAUUUAAUGCAACAUCGAUAGCUCUUUUGCUAGGCAUAUUUCCUGUUCAUACGGCACUGUUUGGUGGAUUUCUGUAUCAGGUUGAAGGCUUUAAUUUUCCUUUUGUGAUCAUUGGUGGUGUUUUAUUGUUGUUUAUGCCACUAUUGUGGCUUCUACUGCCAGCCAGUCAUUCACUAAGUGAAAGUACUGAUGGUGAUCAAGUCGAUGAUCAUGAUGAUCAAUCUGUGUCAUCAUUACAGCUGCUAAAGAUACCAUCUAUAGUGCUAGUUCUCUUGAACAUGUCGAGUUGCUAUGCAGCUUUUUGCACUUUUUCAGACAUCCUAUGCAGUGUUUCUGAAAAUGAGUUUGGUUGGGGUGCUGCUCAUAUUGGAUUGAUAUUUCUCAUCGCAGGGGUAGUGUAUCUUGUCUUUGCUGUUGUAAUUGGUCUGGUGGUGGAUGCCACUAGUUUACGAAUUGUUAUGAUCAUUGGGUUACUAGUAGAAACGUGUGGAAUGAUGUUAAUUGGUCCAUCUCUUAUGUUCUCGUUUCUCUCUCCUAAGCCAUGGUAUGUGUACAUUGGAUCAACAUUAUUUGGAUUUGGAAUGGCUAUGGUUGUAAUAUCUGCUGGUCCCGAUGUCAUGAGGACUUCCAUUUCAAGAGGCUACCAAAAGAACAUGGCAUUGCAUGGAUGGAGCUAUAUUAGGACUGUUGUUAGCAGCUAUCUAUUUGUCUGGAGCACUCGGUGCUCCCAUUGUUGGAGGCCUGACAGCUGCAUUCGAUUUUCACAUCUCUACCUCAAUUUUUGGUUUUGCCAGUUUUCUGCUGAUGAUUGUCACUACCGUGGUCACUGUAGCCAACAUCUAUAUGUCUAG